UCUCUACUGCUCUUAUUUUAUGCACUACUUGUGAUAUGUGUUUCCUGUUUUUUGGUGAAGAAGUUCAGAAUAUACAGAUGGGUUUCUGCUGCACAUGGUUCGUGAAAUACGUCGUUCUGAUCGAAAGGAGCAGGACAAGGAUCAGGAUCAUCACCCCUUGAUACCAUGUUGGGAACUAGUAGGUCAGUGAUUGUGGCUUUCAAGAUAUUUUUUGUUUGAUUUAUAGGGAAUGACCUAACAGAAGCAGGUGAUCUUUAAGCUGGAUGGUACUUGAACCAUGUUUAUCAGAAGAAUGCAGAGAAAAAGGGUAAGUGCUUGUUAUUAAUGUUAGAUAUCAGCUGAAAUUAUAAUAUAGUAAUGUGGCUCGUAGUGCCUUGGAGAAGAACGUUCUUUGUUUGAGUUCGAAGUCUACCUUGCAUUGGGCGAGACCCUAUCUCCUUUUUUUCUUUUUCUUAUUUCCAUAUGGUGAAUCACUUGUGAAGUCAACUGAACAUCGUGUCUGCUUUAACUUCACCCGUCACUCGCGUCGUGUAGUUUAACAAGACUAACAAGUGGUCAACUGAAUUUAUGUAUGGGUAACUAUUUCUUAGUUGCAAUACAAUUAUUUUUUUAUUCUUCCUCUACUCACCACUACGGGCGAAUGGAAUCUAAUGCACUCUUUCUUGGCUAGUGUAACAGACUCCAUGAGAGGUCAUUCGGAAGGGUUCCGAAUAGUUCGAUUUUGGAGUAUGGUAGUUGACACGUUAUUUAUUUUUAGCUGUUGGUCGGUUAUUGUUCAUCAUUUUGAAGACCAGACAAUAUGGAAAUUGCUUAGGAUGCCCCUUUUCUAUUAAUUGUAACAUUUAUCAUAACAUAAUUCAUAAUUAAAACUUAAAUCUAUGAAGAGCUCUUAAAACAAAAAACCAUUUUUGUUGUUGUUGGAAUAUUUUCUGAAAUCCCAUUUGAAAGCUAAAGCUACUCACCACCGGCCGGUCGCCAUCUCUCUCAUUCUCACCUUACACAUAAAACCCAUCGCUUAGCUUUCCUCCUUCCUCACUUCCCCUCGCCGGCCGCCGUCAUGUUUAAACCUCCUGCCGCCCUUCUCUUCUUCAUUUUCUCCUUGACUGCCGUCAAUGCCACCGUUCUAUUCAAGGAGGCACCCCAAUUCUACAACUCCCCUGACUGCCCCUCUGUUUUCGACGGUGAGGAAAACACCAACCGUCUCUGCUCGGACGAUGGCAUCCACGUUGCGAUGACAUUGGACACCGCUUACAUCCGGGGCUCCAUGGCGGCGAUCCUCUCCGUUCUGCAACAUUCGUCCUGUCCCCAAAAUGUAAUCUUCCAUUUUGUUUCCUCUGCUUCUGCAAAUGCUCUGUCUCUACACGCCAUCAUUUCCACCUCCUUUCCUUAUCUUAAAUUCAAAAUCUACCCCUUCGACGAUGUCGCUGUGUCCCGUUUGAUCUCCACCUCCAUCCGCUCUGCCUUGGAUUGUCCAUUGAACUAUGCUCGUAGCUACUUGGCUGACCUCCUCCCCAUCUGCGUCCGCCGUGUCGUCUAUCUCGAUUCCGAUAUAAUCCUCGUUGACGACAUCGCUAACCUUGCCAACACUCCUCUUAACGACGCCGUCCUCGCUGCCCCUGAGUACUGCAACGCCAAUUUCACGGCCUAUUUCACUCCCACUUUCUGGUCCAAUCCCUCUCUGUCUCUCACCUUCGCCAAUCGCAGCCCCUGUUACUUCAAUACCGGUGUCAUGGUCAUCGACCUCUCCCGGUGGCGCCUUGGCGACUUUACCGCCGAAAUCGAAGAAUGGAUGGAGCUUCAGAAGAGAAUGAGGAUCUACGAGCUUGGAUCUCUACCGCCGUUCAUGCUUGUUUUCGCCGGAAACAUCGUCCCCGUCGACCACCGGUGGAACCAGCACGGCCUCGGCGGGGAUAAUUUCCAGGGACUCUGCCGGGAUCUACACCCGGGUCCGGUGAGCCUGUUGCAUUGGAGUGGAAAGGGGAAGCCAUGGGCCCGGGUGGAUGCGAACCGGCCGUGUCCGUUGGACUCUCUAUGGGUCCCUUAUGAUCUGUUGCAGACUCCAUUUUCGUUGGAUUCUUGAUUGGUUGAAGCUCGUGAACAGGGUUUGGGGUUUAAAGAUUACAGGGGAAGGCGUCGGAGAAGUUUUAAUCGGCCGGAAACAGAGAAAUAAUGUAUUUUUAAAAAGGGAAGUUAUAAUGUAUGAUCAAUUUUAUGUCUUUGAAAGGUUAUAUAGCAUAGAUUUUGAUAUAAUCAAUUUUUUUGGAU